UCGGUUGUGGAGACAGCUGAAUUUGGCUUCAAUGGCAAGUCAUUUGACCGUCGAGGCGAGGAUCUCUUGAAACAGUGGGUAUCUCGAAGUGGGGACGGACGAGUUGUCAUGGCCAUUGGGAAUGGGAAGGCGUCGUUCGAAACACAGGUGGCUGUCGCUGGCAUGAUCCGCAGUGGUAAAUUCAUGCCGAAGGAUGUGAGAUUCUGUACUGUACCUGAAAAUGGCGCAUCAAAGUACAGCAUAACUCCGUUGGCGGAACAGGAUCUGCCAGAUAUGCCACCAACUCAGAGAAGUGCAGUUUCAAUUGGACGUCGUCUUAUUGACCCGAUGGCUGAGUAUGUGAAGAUCGAUCCUAAACAUCUUGGUAUGGGCAUGUACCAGCACUCCGUGAAUGCGAAAAGGCUGUCAGAGGCGUUGGAGCUGGUCGUGAGAGAAUGCGUGUCGCUGCGAGGUGUAGAUGUGAACGUGGCGUCCGUGCAACUUCUAGAGAAAGUGUGCGGCUUGAAUAAGAAGACCGCGGCCGGUUUAGUGGCUCUCCGAGAGAAAAUGGGACGAAUUCAGUCUCGUGAAGACAUCAAGAGUGUGAAAGGUCUUGGUGCGAAGUCAUUCGAGCAGUGUGCAGGAUUCCUCACUGUGAAUAUUGACUGUGAAAAUGGUUCGAAUGGACCUGUGAAGAAAAAGAAAAAGAUGUCAAUCGAGCCGCUGGACAAAACGAUAGUGCAUCCCUCACAAUACAACUCAGCGAGAAGUCGGCAUCUUCCACCUUCCGUGGUCCUUGCAGCAGAACCACCUUCGAAAAUCCUAUCCCAAUCUGCACAAGAGAAGAAGCUGGCCGACGGAUGUUCGCAAGAUUGGUUCACUAAAGGUGGGCGAAGAAGUGUUGGGAAGGGUGGCCAACCAGGUCGAUUUUGGGCUCUUUGUAGACAUUGGAGCAGAGAGAGCGCGCUGGCUCAUCGCAGCACACUCCGCCAACCUUAUCCAGAGGUUGGCACAAGUCUGAUGUUCGUCAUAACCAACGUCGACCAAUCGAAAGGCAGGAUCGGCGUCCGACCCGUCAAC